AUGGGGAGAAUGGGGGAGAAUGGGGACAGUUGGUCACACGAGUGGGUCCCGAGGCCCCGCCGGUCAGGGCGGUGCACCACGACCCAAGGGCUCGCCCGACGCUCCCCCUUGGGCCAAUCAAGCCGGGCAAACAGUCCACGGGUUGGCGGUAACCCGCAGGCUGCAGCCCAACCCAACCCCGAAGUGAGUCAAACCGCUCAGGCUACAGAUUUGCCCAAGGGCGGGGCGGUUAAACAAAUUUCGUGA